UUCCGCCACUCACCGUCGCUCACUUCCUCACCCAGUGGAGCCUUCGAGAACAGUCGCGACGUUGGGGGGCAACCGGCUAUAUAGUCGUGGUGAUGCUCCCUUUGCGACUGAUCGCGAAUUCCAAGAUAUAACCCAUAUCCUACAGUCGAAACACACAGACUGAAGCUCGUCUUGAGCUUAAAUCCUCUACACGGUCUGACUUCGACCAUGUCGGCAAGACUGCAGCUAUCCCGAGUCCUCUCCAGGCGGACAAAAAACAACCCUGUCCUCAUCGGAGCCGCAGGUACUGGUAAAACCGCAGUCUUGGAAGGUUUGGCCCAGCGCAUUGUUCAAGGAGAUGUCCCCGAAAGUAUCAAGGACAAGCGUGUUAUCUCCCUGGACCUGGGUUCCCUCAUCGCAGGGGCCAAAUUCAGAGGUGAUUUUGAAGAACGUUUGAAAUCCGUCCUGAAGGAGGUCGAAGACGCGCAAGGCGGCGUGAUUCUCUUCAUCGAUGAAUUGCACACUCUGCUGGGACUUGGUAAGGCCGAAGGCAGUAUCGAUGCCAGCAACCUUCUGAAGCCAGCACUGUCGAGAGGAGAGCUCCAAUGCUGCGGAGCCACCACCCUGACCGAGUACCGCUUGAUCGAGAAAGAUGUGGCCCUUGCCAGACGUUUCCAGCCGAUCCAGGUCGGCGAGCCGUCAGUCGCUGCAACAAUCUCUAUUCUGCGCGGUAUCAAGAACAAGUAUGAAGUCCACCAUGGUGUACGGAUCACUGACGGCGCAUUGGUGGCCGCCGCAACGUACAGCAACCGCUACAUUACCGAUCGUUUCCUGCCAGACAAGGCCAUCGACUUGGUGGAUGAAGCAGCUUCGGCCUUGCGACUGCAGCAGGAAUCGAAGCCAGAUGUAAUUAGAGAAUUAGAUCGCGACAUCACUACGAUUCAGAUUGAAUUAGAAUCUCUCCGCAAAGAAACCGACGUCAGCAGCCGUGAAAGACGCGAGAAGCUACAGGAAGAUCUGAAAGCAAAGCAGGAGGAAGCGGAAAGGCUGACUAAGAUCUGGGAGAAGGAAAAAGCUGAAAUCGAAGAGCUCAAACGUGUCAAGGAAGAGCUAGAGCGAGCACGGUUUGAGUUGGAACAAGCCCAGAGAGAGGGAAAUUUCGCCAAGGCUGGUGAAUUGAGAUACGCCACUAUCCCCAGUCUUGAAGCCAAACUACCCAAAGAAGGCGAUGAAGCAACAGCCGGCACUUCCUCUAGCCUCAUCCACGACUCAGUCACUGCUGACGACAUUGGAAAUGUCGUCUCGCGGACAACUGGUAUCCCCGUCAACAAGCUCAUGGCUGGUGAAGUUGAGAAACUCAUCCGCAUGGAGGAGACGCUACGACAGUCAGUGCGUGGCCAGGACGAGGCGCUUUCUGCAGUCGCUAAUGCAGUUCGUAUGCAACGAGCCGGCCUUAGCGGGGAGAAUCGACCUCUAGCCUCGUUCAUGUUCCUUGGGCCCACCGGUGUUGGAAAGACCGAGCUUUGCAAGAAGAUGGCCGAAUUCCUGUUCUCAACCGAAACCGCCGUUGUACGGUUUGACAUGAGCGAGUUCCAAGAAAAGCAUACUAUCAGUCGCUUGAUCGGCUCUCCUGCUGGUUAUGUGGGCUACGACGAUGCCGGCCAGCUGACGGAAGCUGUUCGACGCAAGCCGUACGCAGUGCUGCUCUUUGAUGAGUUCGAAAAGGCCCACCGUGACAUUUCCGCUCUUUUGUUGCAGGUCCUCGAUGAGGGCUUCUUGACAGAUGCUCAAGGCCACAAGGUUGACUUCAGAAACACUCUUAUUGUUCUUACUUCGAAUCUUGGGGCCGAAAUUCUGGUGGGAGCCGAUCCUUCGUACUCUUCCAAGGAUACAGGAAGCGCAGAACUUUCUCCCGAGGUCAAGAAAUCGGUCAUGGAUGUCGUGCAGUCUGCUUACCCACCAGAAUUCCUCAACCGUAUUGAUGAGUUCAUCAUUUUCAAGAGACUGUCCCGCGAAGCUUUGAGAGACAUUGUUGACAUCAGAAUCAAGGAGCUCCAAUCGAGACUUGAUGAUCGACGUAUGGUUCUCAAGGUCGACAAUGAGAUUAAGGACUGGCUCUGCGAGAAGGGUUAUGACCCCAAGUAUGGUGCUCGUCCUCUGAACCGUCUCAUUGCCAAGGAAAUUGGCAAUAGAUUGGCCGAUAAGAUCAUCCGUGGCGAGGUCACGGCUGGCCAGACUGCCCGCGUUUCUUUCAAUGAAGAAAAGAAUGGGCUCAGCAUUUCUGCGGAGGCUGCUCCUGAAGCUAAAGCCGACAAUGCUUGAGCGAUGAUUAUCUCUUAACUCAUGUUGAUCAUGAUGUAUGCUUAUUGGCGCAAGGUUGGCUGG